AUGCCAGUGAAGAAGGAGAUAGCAGAAGAAGAAUUUGAUGAUUUCCUGCAAGAGUAUUUGCUCAACACAGACAUGGAGGAAAGCCCCGGACUGGGACAUGGCUGUAAGAUGGAUACAUAUACAUCACCAAUCAAAGAGUCACCAAUGGAAAUGAAAGUGGAAGAAGAAUCUCAUCUCAGAGAAUAUGGUCACCACGGAUCUUCUCCUACAAGAGUUCUCAGGAUACAUGAGAGGAUUCAUACUGGAGAAAAGCCCAAUCAGUGUUCAGAUUGUGGAAAGACUUUUACUCGGGCAGAAAGUCUGAAGACACAUCAGAGAACACAUACGGGAGAAAAGCCAUAUCAUUGUUCAGAUUGUGGAAAGACUUUUACCCGGGCAGAUCAUUUGAAGACACAUCAGAGAACACAUACUGGAGUAAAGCCAUAUCAUUGUUCACAUUGUGGAAAGACUUUUACUCAGGCAGGUAAUCUCAAGACCCAUCUGAUGAUCCAUACUGAAGUUAAGCCAUAUCAGUGUUCAGAUUGUGGAAAGAAUUUUACUCAGGCAGCUCAUCUCAAGACACAUCAGAUGAUCCAUACUGGAGAAAAGCCAUAUCAGUGUUCAGAUUGCGGAAAGACUUUUAUUUCAGGAACUGAUCUGAAGAGGCACCAGACAAUCCAUACUGGGGAAAAGUUUCAUCACUGUUCAGAUUGUGGAAAGACUUUUGCUCAGGCAGGUAAUCUUAAAACACAUCUGAUGAUCCAUACUGGAGAAAAGCCAUAUCAGUGUGCUACAUGUGGGAAGGGUUUCAUAACCAAGAGAGGGCUUACUCUCCAUCAGAUGAUCCAUACUAGAGAAAAGCCAUAUCAGUGUUCAGAUUGUGGAAAGAUUUUUGCUCAGGCAGGUCAUCUUAAGAAACAUCUCAAAGAUCGCACUGUCCAUCAGAGAACACAUACGGGAGAAAAGCCAUAUCAUUGUUCAGAUUGUGGAAAGACUUUUACCCGGGCAGAUCAUUUGAAGACACAUCAGAGAACACAUACUGGAGUAAAGCCAUAUCAGUGUUCAGAUUGUGGAAAGACCUUUACUCAGGCAGGUCACCUCAAAACACAUCUGAUGAUCCAUACUGGAGAAAAGCCAUAUCAGUGUGCUACAUGUGGGAAGGGUUUCAAAACCAGUAGAGAGCUUAAUGUUCAUCAAAGAAUACAUACUGGAGUUAAACCAUAG